UCUCCUGCAGGCUGCGUGGCUUCCCGACAACAAAACCUAAACUUUAAACAGUGUUUUCUUCUUUUUUAAUGCAUAUUUAAUCUCGAAACUCGCACCGCAGACACAUGGAUCAACCAUUCCCCGACACUUCAGGAAAUUAUGCAGUUUUAAACCCGGAAUGUGUCUAAAUUAACUUCAAACAACUCAACAACGGAACAAGUCAACAUACCCGGAUCAACUGUGCUCAGUGCGCCUAUCAAGGUCCAAGUCAAGAUGUCUGUCAGUAAUCAUGAAAACAGGAAGUCUCGCUCUAGUUCCGGCUCCAUGAAUAUCCACCUCUUCCACAAAACAUCCCACGCCGACAGCCUGUUGACUCAGCUCAACCUGCUGCGCAAACGAAAAGUCUUCACAGAUGUUAUCCUGAAAGCGGGGAACAAAUCCUUCCCCUGCCACCGGGCCGUCCUCGCCUCCUGCAGCCGAUACUUCGAGGCGAUGUUCAGCGGCGGGCUCAGAGAAAGUCGUGACGCCGAGGUCGACUUCCACGACUCCCUCCACCCAGAGGUGCUGGAGCUCCUGCUCGACUACGCCUACUCUGCUCGGAUCCUCAUCAACGAGGAAAACGCCGAGUCGCUCCUGGAGGCCGGCGACAUGCUUCAGUUUCACGACAUCCGGGACGCAGCGUCUGAGUUUCUGGAGAAGAACCUGGAUCAGUCGAACUGUUUUGGGAUGAUGCUGCUGUCGGACGCGCAUCAAUGCAUGAGACUUUACGAGCUGUCGUGGAGGAUGUGCCUGGCAAACUUUGCUACACUUUUCAAAACAGAGGACUUUCUCAGCCUGCCCAGAGACAAAGUCCAGGAGCUGAUCUUGAGCGAGGAGCUGGAGGUGGAGGAUGAGUGCCUGGUGUACGAGGCUGUAAUCGACUGGGUCAAAGCGGACAUGGAGCACCGUCACAGUGAACUUCCCGAACUGCUGCGAUGCGUCCGCUUGGCUUUGCUGCCCGAGACGUAUCUGCUGAAGAACGUGGCCUCGGAGGAGCUGGUGAUGUGCCAUAAAGUGGGUCGGGAGAUCGUGGAAGAUGCUGUACGGUGCAAAAUGAGGAUCCUGCAGAACGAUGGCAUUGUGACGGGGUUCUGCGCCCGGCCGAGGAAGGUGAGCCAGGCCCUGCUGCUGCUGGGAGGACAGACGUUCAUGUGUGAUAAAGUCUACAUGAUCGACAACAAGACGAAGGAGAUCACGCCCAAAACAGACAUCCCCAGCCCCAGGAAGGAAUGUAGCGCCUGUGCUAUUGGAUGCAAGGUUUAUGUUACUGGAGGACGUGGCUCUGAGAACGGGGCCUCCAAAGACGUCUGGGUCUACGACACGUUACACGACGAGUGGUCCAAAGCCUCCCCGAUGCUUGUAGCCAGAUUCGGUCACGGGUCAGCGGAGCUCGACCACAUGCUGUACGUCGUCGGAGGACACACUUCUCUCGCAGGAUCUUUCCCCGCAUCUCCAUCUGUGUCUCUGAAGCAGGUGGAGCAGUACGACCCUCAAACCAACAAAUGGACGCUGGUGGCUCCGCUCCGAGAAGGGGUGAGCAACGCUGCCGUCGUGGGUGCCAAAAACAAACUCUUUGCCUUUGGGGGAACCAGUGUAAACAGGGACAAAUACCCCAAGGUGCAGUGCUUCGACCCCUGCCAGAACCGAUGGACCGUGCCCGCUUCCUGCCCACAAUUGUGGCGCUACACUGCUGCAGCCGUGGUGGGAAAUCACGUGGUGGUGAUCGGAGGCGACACGGAGUUCUCCGCCAGUUCUGCUUACCGGUUCAACAGCGAGACGUUCCAGUGGACGAAGUUCGGAGACGUCACGGCCAAACGGAUCAGCUGCCAUGCGGUGGCGUCAGGAAACAGACUAUAUGUGGUCGGGGGGUACUUUGGGGCUCAGAGGUGUAAAACUCUAGACUGUUACGACCCCUCUUCAGACUCUUGGGACAGUGUGACCAGCGUGCCCUACUCCCUCAUUCCCACCGCCUUCGUCAGCACGUGGAAGUACCUUCCGGCAUAGAGACAAACUGACUCUGAAGUUUCUACAGACUUGGUCGGUGUCUGGUAUGCAGCCAUGUGAGGAAGAGUUUGUGUAUCCCCGCUGAGGCUCCAUCCAGCCUGAUUUACAUUAUCUUCAGAGACAGGAAGUCUGCGGCCUCCCUCCACCUGAUCUGUUUACUCGGACUCCUUGUGUAACUUUCCCAUGUAGCCCGAGCUGGACUCGUUGCCAUGUGUACGGCAGGGAUAUCGCAGUCUCAAUAUAACAUGUGAAGCAGAGAGAGCAGGGAUGUGUUUCCACUGCAUGGUACGCUUCUUUUACCUCUUCUGGUAGCAGGUUCCAUUCUCUGGUUCAUUUUCCACUGCAGAAAUUCCCAUCUCAGUGUAGAUGGGGGAAUCAGAUGAUUGUUGUGAUGCCACCAUCUUCAAAUGGACGCUCACUGAAUCCUUAAAGUGCAAAUUAACAACUAAACGUCUGCUUAAAGCACAUUUUUAAAAAUGUAAAUAAUGGUAGCUUUGCCUUAAAAAAUAUCAGAUUUGUGCUGAAUGUCUCGUGAAAAUAUGCUAAAAUGAUCAUGAUGAAAGACCUGUCUCCACAUAGCGCUUUUUUUAUGAGCGACAACAUGUUUUUGUACGUGUUUCCAAUAACUAGAAAAACGCAUUCUGUUUCCUACGACCGCCUCAAGAGAAAGCGCUGCACCUAGCGUCCUUUUCUGAGCAGUCUGCCAUUUAUUUUUGCAGACGCUACUAUCGCUAGAAGUUAUAUAUUCUAAAUAUUUUUGCAUUUACCAAAUAUUGCACUGACUGCCAUUUUGAAUGAUACCUGCCAGCUCAUUGGGAAAAGAGAGGCAAUACAAAACCAGAUUGACCUGGUCCCCAACGAGCUGGGGCGUAACAUAAAUGGGGUUUUUCAUUCAUUUCAAUUCAUUUUGCAACCCUACCAGAGAUGGUAGCAGAAAAAAAAACAUUAGCUACCAUCAACCAGCAACUUCUGCUAAUUUAUAUAAAACCGUACCAUGCAGUGAAAAUGCUUCAAUGUGAGCUCUGGGCUUCAAAUCUUCUAACUGUUCGCCUCCUGAGAUGAAUCUGCUUCUGCUCAUCUGCAAUCAUCCCACAUGUGCAUCAUCCUGCCGUCAGAUGUCCACUUCUCCAGAUGCUGGAAGGACUUCUGUGUCACUUUGACAUGUUGUUUGACAUCAGACUAAACAGACGUCAGCUGGAGCUUGGUUGUGGUCUCUCUCUCUCUCUCUGAGCGUUUCCUCAGGUGUCAUUUAAUGUGGGGGGAAGCAGAGAGGAUUUGGGGAAGCGUAUGAUUUCGUGCACAGAAACAAUCCUGCUGUCUGUAUUUUUAGGCGUUGGACUCGGGCUUCCCUCAAUUUUGGUAAAGCUAAAUUUGUAUCUUUCCUCCUCCGAACUGAAAAUACACGCUCGCUAAAGAGAGAAUGAGGCGGGGGAAAAGAUGUUAUUUCUAACUAUGAUUUGGUCUACUUUGUGUCUCAGGGUGUGUGUAGUUGUGCCUGUUUUUGUUAAAGGAAGGUUUUCUGUCUUCUUCUUUUGUGAAUGUACUUUUUGCGAUAAACACUAUUCUUAUUACGGACUGAACUCUUACAUUGUUUGGCCAUUUAAGUGUCGAAUCGUCAUAUUUAAAGCUUAAACGUUGCCAAAACCUGAAUAUCUAACCUUCGUUUCAUUCUGGAUUUAAGUAACAAGAAGUGUCCAAAGUAUCUAGGGAAUACUUUUUUAGCUAUGAUAUUAUUUCCUGUGUGUAUAGUUUGUACAUAUUUGCUCUGUAAUGAACUUGUAGAAGCCUUUGAUUUGCACAUUUUGUACAAAGAAGUUUCUUAACGGUCUUAAUUUUAUAUCUUUGUCUUAACCCAGCUUGGGUAGUGGGAAUAAUCAAAGCAUUUUUGUAGCAAAUUCUCAACAAUCUCCAUUUUCUUCUGUGUGUAAAUAUCAAAUACACUGAUAUAUUAAGCUAUUACUGAUACACCAUUUGUUACUUCCUGUUCUACAGCCCAUAACUCGUCAAUAAAUAUCUUGUUGAAAACAUA